AUGAAUAAUUAUUGUUAAUUGGUUAUAGUGAAUUAGAACCAACAAUAUAUUUAACAUAAAAAGGAGAGGAUAGUUUUUUACUAUCAUUCCAUAAAAAAUGAGAUAUCCAAUGUAUCAUCCUAAAUGAAGAUAAUGGUAUAAAGAUCAUAUUGCUACUUUAAAUAGUAGUAGUAAUCUGAAGUAAUAUAUGAAAUAUACAGAAAUUAUGAAACAUAAGAAUUUGAAUUUACAUUAACAGUUUCUUUAACAAAUUAAUAAUUAGAAUUUGAUGGUGUUAUAGCAUUAGAUAGCAAUUUCUAAGUUAUUAAACCAAAGAUAAAUUAUGAUUAAUUAAAUAUUUAUUUAGUUGAUUUAGCUGGAAGGAUAUUAAUAUCAAAUGUUUAUCCAAGUGUAAACUUUGUUUAAGAAAUGAAAUAUUUUAAUGAUACAUCUAUUACAGGAUUUGAUAAUUAAAAUUGGGAUUAAAUUCUUAAAUAAAUACAUUAUUAAAAUGGAUAAUCAAAUUGUUAAUUUUAUUAUAAAAACUUUAGUAGACAUAAUAAAUUAUUUGGAUAAGAUUUAUUUAUUAGAGGAUUUGGUAUCCAAAAUAGAUUCUAUCAAAUUGUGUAAGAAUUUUCAAAUAUAUCUAAGAUUUGUUGAUUAUAAGUUUAUGGAAUAGAAUGAUAAUGAUACUUAAGAAUUGAAAUCCGAAUUACUUGGUUGGGCAACUGUUUAAUUGAUAUACUAUAUCAUUUAAAACAUUUCAGGAAUCUUAUUUUGUUGGAUAAUCAUGCAUUUCUUUUUAAAACCUUAUUAUUAAUUAACUAAACUAUUUUAAUAGACUACUUAAACUAAAUUUAAUUAAAAAUAUGAAAUUGCCUUAAAAAAAGUUAAAAUAUUUAAAUAAAAUAAUCUAAUCUAAACUGGACUUGAUAAUCUUUGUAAUAAAUUAUCAGAAAUAAGAUCUAGAAAAUAUAGAGAAUGUCAUUAUAUGGAAAAUUAUAAAUAUCCUAAAAAUUUAGCCAAAAAUGCAUAUAAAUUUAGAUUAUAUAUAUAACAAUUUCCAAAAGUAUGA